GACAGGGUAACAGAGACUCUCAUUAAGCUCCAUUAACAUAUUGACUUACACAUCCCUCAGGAUUCAAAUGAAGGGGAACAUGGGACAUGCAAUGCAUGUAUGACCGAAGUCACCAAACCCUGUCUGUAACAUGCAGUUGUUCCAUCCCCUUGGGACAGACCAACAUUUAUAAUCUAAAAGGGAGACAAAAGGCCAGAGGAGGAAAACACCCCUGGAGGAGGAAAACACCUCUGGAGGAGAAAACAUUUCUGGAGGGGGAAAACAUCUCUGGAAGAAGAAAACAUCUCUGGAGGAAGAAAACAUCUCUGCCUGCUCAGGAUCAGCCAGCAGACUGUGUCUCUGCCCCUCUCCUGAAGGGACACCUUUAGGGGGAACAGCUUAAAAUCAGAAGAUUGAAGGGAAGGACUGUAAAUCGCUCAAGUGACCUUGCAACUGGGAAUAACCCUUGACAAACCAGUGUGAACAGCAUGGACCAAGUGUAACAGUGCCUGCAUCUCCACUUCUAUGCCUCUGCCUGGGCGUUGCUUCAUGGAUCCUUGAUUAGUGAGGUAACAGAAAUAAAUUAACUCUUUGUAUUCUAGCCCUGACUUCGUGGUUAUCCCAGCUGUCUGCCUGUGCCCACUCCCACAUUUGACACAGUUGGCAGAAUCUGGGGACAACCAUGUCGUGGCUAGCGAGAAGGUCACGAAAGCCGAAAAAGCUGAAAAAAUUGAAAAAAUCCGGGGCUGGAGAGGCUGUGGUGGUGAAUCCCCACAUCCCAGGAUGGCCCAGCACUGAGCGCUGGACCCCCGUGGCCACCUUCCUCGCCACCAUGGCCAGCCCGGAGACGUGGCCCGAAAUCGAUGACGGGGUGGUGGUGAACCCGCACAGGGUGGAGAUCGCCAUGCGCGGGCUGCCCUGGAAAGGGGCGUCCAAGUCCUCCCGCAAGCUGGCAGGGAGGCUGGGCUGGCUGCUGGCCACGGGGCUGAGGGCCCUGGACAGGGAGGUCAUCGCCCUGCAGAGCAAGGUGAGCGAGCUGGAGAUGCUCACCUACGCCCGGGCCCGCGACUGCGAGGCCAUCGCGCUGCAGAGCAAGGUGAGGGAGCUGGAGCUGGUCACCUACGCCAGGGCUCUGGAGAGGGAGGUGACAGCGCUGCUGGGCAAGGUGAGGGAGCUGGAAAGGGAAGUUGUGACCCUACGGGCUGCAAAGAUUGCUCACGACGUAACCGCCGCUCAAGCAGACCAGUGCUACGAGCAGCAAUGCACUAUACAGCAGCUGGUGUCACCCAGGCACAAAUACGUGGAAAACAAAGUGUUGAUCUCCCAAGUUCGUGCUCCAGCUAUGAAAUCUUCACGGGAUCCCAAGGAACUGGAUGGAAAUCUUUGGGGUGAGUACUCAGACUUUGAGAUUGAGAUUUAGCCAGAUUUAGCAGAUAGUGGGGUGGCAUAGAUCACACAUAUUUACACUCUGAAAGAGUUCCAAUCAUGCACUCCUAGACAAGGAAAUCCUACUGAAUUAGAAAUAAUAAUUUUAGAUUUUAUAGUCUCAUGGGGAUUGUGUCUGAUGACUGGACC